GACGGAUGUGUAUUAAGAUCACGCUUUAACUUCCCGGACUGCCCCGCCAGCGCAAUGAGGAACUUCGUGGGGUCUGUUGUUGGCGUGACAUUGCUGGUGGUCUGUGCGAAAGGAUUCGUGCUGCCGGGGGUGGUGAGGGCAAGAUGUUCGGAGUGCACCCCAGCAGACGGGGGCCGCGUUGACGCAAAGACCGGCCCGAGAUCCCCAAGAACGACAGCGCUUUCCUACGUCUGCGGUGGCGAACGGCCUAGCAGCACCAGGCUGUUCGCUAAGGCAACCUACAAGAACUUCGAAGAUAUGCUUGAGAAGGAGCCUGGCGCACUCCUGGUCGACUUCUAUGCAACGUGGUGCGGGCCUUGCAGCAUGAUGUCGGACAACCUUGCCGUUGUCGGGCCGAAGAUGAAGGACGAGCUCAAGAUUUUUAAGAUUGACACGGACAAGUACCCGAAUCUGAUGAGCAAGUUCGGCGUGAACGGGCUACCAACCCUGGUCCUCUUCAAGGAGGGCAAGGAGUUAACGCGGAUGGAAGGCGUGAUGCCCGCCGAAAUGUUGAUACAAGAGCUCCGAUAUUUCCUGGGUGGAGCGGCGGCUGCGGCGACGGAGGGGGCGGCAGCGGCUAGUGGCGACAGUGACCAGGGAGGGGACGCAUGCACCCCACCUCCCCCGCCGCCGCCGUCACAAGAUGCCUGUGCGCCCCCGCCGCGGGAUGCGUGCCCCCCUCCCCCACAGAACUAA